CCAUUGAGCAAUUUUAUUCUGGUUUUGUUAAUCUUUGAAACGAGUAUUCUGCUAUUGUUCAUGCUAAGAUUCCCACCGCGGCACUUGCGGAUCUUCAAGCGGUUCAUGCUGAGAGUCAACGCGAUUAAUUUUUUAUGAAGCUUCGACCUGAAUUUGAGUCUGUUAAAGCCGGUUUAUUGAACCGUAAUCCGGUUCCUUCCUUGGAUAUUUGCUUGAGAGAUUUAUUGCGUGAAGAACAACGGUUAUCCACUCAAAUGGGUAUGACUUCUGAGAAGGUAUUUUCUGUGAAUGUAGCCUAUGCAGCACAAAGGAGAGGGAGGAAUAAGUUGCAGUGUUUCAGUUGCAAGGAGUUCGGUCAUAUUGCUCACAACUGUCCGAAGAAAGUUUGUAACUACUGCAAAGAGGGUCAUAUCAUCAAAGACUGUCGAGUGCGGCCUCAGAAUCGCCAAUCUCAAGCCUUUCAAGCUGCUGUUCAGCCCUCGUCUUCUUCUGCGCCCCCCAUUGUAAGCUCUGAUUCAUCUAUUCUCACACCUACCAUGGUCCAACAGAUGAUUGUGUCUGCUUUUACGGCUUUAGGCCUGCAAAGAUCAGGUGUCGGAGACGGUGAUCGCGAAGGGGCCUAAAGUGGGAC